AUGGCGGCCGGACCCCAGCCUCCUUCCGGCAGUGACAGUUGGUCCGAGCCUUGUGGCAAAUGGGAAGCUACCAGCCUCCUUUUCAGCUUUGAGGAUGUGGCCCAUUCUGCUUUUCCGCCUUCCCUUCUGGCCGCCUGCUGUGCCAGCCACGCACUCCCCUGUGCCCCUGUAGCAUUGCCUCACAAAAUCGAGGAAAUCAAGGACUUUUUGCUCACGGCCACGCGAAAGGACACCAAAUCCGUCAAGAUCAAGAAAAAUAAGGAUAAUGUGAGAUUUAAAGUUCGGUGCAGCAGAUACCUUUACACCUUGGUCAUCACGGACAAAGGAGAAGGCAGAGAAACUGAAGCAGUCCCUGCCCCAGGUUUGGCAGUGAAGGAGCUGAAGUGAACCUGGCCCACUGAUUUGAACUGUAUU